UCAGCUGGGCUGAUUGGCAGCCUUUUAUAACCCCAGCUUCAGCUGCUCUCUUACAUUCAGCUCUUUUUGUUUCAUAUACAUUGGAGUCUCGGUUUUUUUUUGGGAACUGUGUGGGGAAGUAACCGUGGACAUGUUUCGCUGUCUUCGCCUGUUUAUUUUGCUUCCUUUGUGUGUUCUUGGGCAGGCUGAUGUGCUUCUGUCAACGCCUUCCAAGAGCUUCACGUUUCCCACCGAUCAGCCAAUUUGGGAAGAGACCCCUCCACCUACAAUCCCAUCUUCAACAAAAGGUUCUGCCAAUGCUGUAACAGGGAUUGCAACCACCUUUGAGCCAAAUUUGCCCAAUGAUACAACUUCCCAGCCUGCUCUAGACAUAAGUGAUGCUACAACUGUUGAACUAACCACUCCACCUACCCUGCAGUCCACCAGUUCUACCAUGGCUCCUCUAUCCUCUGAGCCCACCAAUGCAACAACGCCUCUCCCCACCCCUGAGCCCACCAAUGCAACAACGCCUCUCCCCACCCCUGAGCCCACCAAUGCAACAACGCCUCUCCCCACCCCUGAGCCCACCAAUGCAACAACGCCUCUCCCCACCCCUGAGCCCACCAAUGCAACAACGCCUCUCCCCACCCCUGAGCCCACCAAUGCAACAACGCCUCUCCCCACCCCUGAGCCCACAACCCUGCCAGUGCCUGAGGUCGGAGAUUAUGUUGUCCGGGCUGAGCAGAACUCCUCUGCAUGUCUGAGGGCAAGGAUGGGUUUGCAGUUUAGCUUUAGAAUGGGAGAUGGCUUUCAGACAAUAAAUCUUGACCCUAAUGCGACUAAGCCCACUGGAACUUGUGGGAACAAUGGCAGUGACUCUGCACUUGUGCUGAUAUCAGAUAAAAUUAUUGUCCAGUUUGUCUUCACCAAUCAAACAAGCAAAUUCUUCUUGAGUGGUUUGAACUUGACUGUGGUCCCUGGAAGUGGCCCUAACUUCAAUGCUGUCAGUACUAACUUAUCUCUGUGGGAGGCUUCAUUGGGGAGCUCAUACAUGUGCAAAAAGGAGCAGAGUUUCAACAUCUCGGGUGUUCUUAUUUUGAAUACUUUUGAGCUCCAAGUUCAACCAUUUGGAGUCACGAAUGACCAAUUCAGCACUGCCCAUGAAUGCUCAGUGGAUGAUGCCAGCCUCUUAAUCCCAAUCAUUGUUGGCGCAGCUCUGGCUGUCUUGAUUCUCAUUGUAGUGAUUGCAUACGUGAUUGGUCGACGAAAGACCUAUGUUGGAUAUCAGACCCUGUAAUGACCUCACUAAAUCUCAAAUUAUACUUCAUUAAAUCAGGUCCUCUAACAUGAUCCUGGGCCACUGCAACUGUUAAACCUUCAAUUGGCUAGUGCCUCACUUUCAGUUCAUUGUUUAAGGUAAUGACUAAUUUGGCAGCUCCUUGGAUUCUGUGCACUAAAACCUGAAGUGUGAUCUCUAUAACUGAUCCAAAAUCAUGGGCCCUGUGAUUGUGUGCACUUGUUAUUCCCCUGUUCUUUCUUCCCCCUCAGUACUGGAAGCAAGUGAAAGAUUUAUCUAACUUUUUCCACUUCCUGCAACUGGAGUGCUCAUGACAAUUGACACUUUGCCCUGAGUUUAGGGAGAUUGGUCAAUGAUGGGGAAAUUCUGUUCUUCCAUAGCUUUAUAGUAAACCUUGCACUUGCUUCUGCUGCACGAACUAAAUUUAAUUAUACUCUGCUUCUUAUGACAUACCACAAACAUUUAAGGAGGUUAAUUUUAAUUUAAAGUUUGUGGUUUGAUUGUUGCAGUGGGUUAUUAAAUUCCCAAGUUCAAUUUCAGUCAUUACCUUUUCACAGAAGUUACUCAGUUGUGAAAUAAGGGUUUUAAAAAGGGAUGGCAUUGUUCAGAAACAAGUUUCACUUGCUGUUGGUACAUGAAGGAACCAAAAUGGUGAGGAAUACAAGUGGCCUGUUGCACACCUGAAUUGGCUUUGCCUCAGGAUCAAUUCUUAAUGUGUUGCUUGACUAUUCUUCCUAACCUAAAGCUCUGUAGUAGUGCUACUAGUUGAAUAAAUGCUAAAGUUUAAACUUGAACUGCACUCUUCUUCCAUUGGACUUACUGAAUGAAAAUUAACUAAUUGCAUGCACUCUGACUGGCUGUCUACAUGUGAUUUUUUUUAAUGGUGCCAGAGAGCUUUCAAUAAAGAUUCAGUUAUUUUCUGAAGUAUGGGAAGAACUACCAAAAAGAUGUGCAUGUGAUCCAGUAUCUCUAGGUUUGGUUUUCUCUAUAGAAGUGGUUUUUAUUUGGGUCCUAAACUUUAGUCACUUAGCAUUCAACUAGAUCUUUGGGUUGGAACAUUGUAAAGCAUCACUUUGGAAAAACUGCAUGCUAUGGCACUGUCAUACAUGACCGUAUAAGCAAAGAUGAAAGGUGUCUUUUGAAUGCUUGUAUGUUCUUGUCUUGUCUAUCCAAUGUAGCACAGCAUUUUAAAUCUUGAUUACCUUCUUGUUUAUCAUUCCAUCUGUUUUGGUCUGCAUUAGAUUCUGUGUUGCUGAGAAUCAUUUUGUAUCUGUAAAUUCUUUCCUGCACCUCUGAUCUGUAAAAUGCUGUUUGUUCACUAAUUCACUUGUUGCUGUCUGAUCAGUUUGGAUUUGUUUGUUCAGAUUCAUGCCUUGCUUAUUGAAGGUGGAAUUGAUCAAUAAAGAUGGAUGGACAUGUCA